AUGCCACCGACGACAUCGACCAACAGGAAGACUCCAGCGAUGAAGACACUGAAGACAACACUGCGGUCACUCCUUAACAUGUUCCAGGACAUAUGUGGGUUCGCUGACAACUUGAGCGGAGUGAAAAGUGCAAGUCAGGUAACGGUUCGGCUGGAGAAGCUGGAUGAGAUGUGGGAAAAUGUAAAUGAUGUGAUCCUGAACAUCGAAACCCACGAUGACUACGACGAGGAGGAGGACAACUGUUCCAAGCAGCGGUCAGAGUUCAGUAGCAAGUAUUAUGACUUGAAGUCUUUGCUAUUGGACAAGGUCAAGGAGUUCCAGGAACCACCAGCCCUUAACCAAUCAACCCGAAACCUGGAAGCGGCAGAUCAAGCUACCAUGGAGCGUGUGCGGUUGCCUCAAAUCGUGUUGCAAACCUUCGACGGCAACAUCGAUGAUUGGUUGAGCUUCCGUGACCUGUAUUUGUCGCUCAUACAUAGGAAGGCAGACUUACCGGAAGUGGAAAAAUUCCACUACCUCAAAGGGUGCUUGGCAGGCGAAGCCAAGUCACUAGUGGAUCCGCUGCCAAUUACGCGGGAGAACUAUCAGGUCGCGUGGGACUCUUUAAUGAAACGCUAUAACGAUAGCAAGCAGCUUAAGCGUCGCCAAGUUCAGGCGCUGUUCAAGUUACCGAAGCUGGCUAAGGAGUCGGCUACCGAGUUGCGGUCCCUACUGGAGGGCUUCGAGCGGUCUAUGCAGACGCUAGAUCAGCUAGUUCAACCUGUUGAAUAUAAAGAUCUGCUGCUGUUGGACGUCCUAUGCGCGCGACUGGAUCCGAUAACUAGAAGAAGCUGGGAAGAACUAUCCUCAACUAAGGAGCAGGAUACGAUCAAGGAUCUAACUGAUUUUCUCCAACGUGAAGUGAAAGUCCUUGCUGCUCUACCAUCCAAGUCCUCGUGUUACAAGGUAGAACCUCCUCAACAAAAAAGGGCACCGUUUCGGCACUUGAGCUACACCACUGUUCAGAGGGAACGUUGGGCCUGUGUAGCGUGCCAAGAAGAUCACCCACUAUAUCAAUGCCCGAGAUUUCAACGGAUGUCUAUACCCGAUCGAACCAAGGUGUUACGGGAUAACGGGCUCUGCCGGAACUGUUUUAGGCAUGGCCAUUGGGCGGUGGAUUGUUCAUCCCCAUAUACAUGCCGGAACUGCAGAGGUAAGCACCACACUUUGGUGUGCUCACUAACCCCAUCCAACGGAAGUAGAAACGGAUCACCGACGCUCCGAGCCCCUGCAGCGAGCAGAAGUACCCAUUCAGAAAGGCCGACUACACAAGGAGGAACACCAGCGCAGGUGUCAUCCAAUGUAACCGGAACAAAGGUAUCAUCGAUACUCCUUGCAACGGCCGUCAUCCUAGUGGAAGGGAAUAACGGAGUCCGUGUUCCGGCCAGAGCACUUCUAGAUUCCGGCUCCGAGUGUAAUUUUCUGACUGAGAAGCUGGCUCAACAACUGAAGGUUCAAAGACAACGGGCGGUUGUUGAAGUAUGCGGAAUAGGAUAA